UGGAAAAAAAUAUGAAGAUGGACAUACUCAUUGGAUUUAUUUGAAUGGGAAGUUCCUUUCUAAUAGUACAUUACAUAAAAUAAUAAAUGACAAUUUGAAAAAAUCUUGGAAGACUUCAAAAAAUGUUAAAACAAAGGUAAAUUAAUAAAACGGAAAAUGAAAAGGAAACUACCAAACAUAAGCUUAUCAAAAGUUAUACCUCCUAAAACAGUUCCUGCGAUAAUACCACACAAGAUAUCAGAAAAUCUAGAGUAUUCAAAUGAAAGUCAUGACAGUAAUAUGCAUGCUGGAAAUAAAAUUGAAAAGGAUCUUAAUGUACCUAAAAAGAAAUCAAAAAGAAGGAAAAGACUUAAAUCAAAAAUAGGAUUAAAUAAAGUAUCAAAUAAAAUGGAUUUCAACUCUAAGAUGAAUGACAAAAUACCCGCAAAUAAAGAACUCGAUUCAGAUAUUUUUUUACCAACUAUAAAUUCAAUUAAAUCUGAAGAAAAAUAUAUAAAUAAGAAGUGUUUUAAAAAUAUACCUUUGAAUAAAAAGUUAAAUAGUAUUGAGACAUGUGACAUGGUAGAUAUUUCUAUGCAACAUUCUCCAAGUUGUGUAAGUAUAAGUAAAAUGACAAAGAGUAGAAACGAACUGUCUAAUGAUGUAACAGAUCAAAUAAAUGUUUCAGCAUGGAAGAAAAUUGAUGAAACCAUUAUCCAUGACUAUUUACCACAUCCUUUAAAAUGUACUCAACUGUCUCAUAUUAACCAUAUUUUAAACCAAGAGAGCAAAAACAAUCAGAACCAUAUAUCUUCACACAAUCUUUUAAAGACUGUUUUAAAUACUCAAAUUUGUAAUAUAUCUAACAUACCCAAAUAUAAUAGUCCCCAUACUCCUAGAUUGGCAGAUCAACCUUGGAAUUUUAAACUGAAAGCAAGUAUUAAAUCUUCAAAUUGUACGCAUAAUGGUAUAUUUCUGUCUAAAUUUACAUAUAAGAGCCACAAUUACAAUAAACAUAGCAUGCCACGAUCUAUACACACUUCAGAAAAGAAAAGAUCCAAAUGCCCAUUUAUUACAAUAAAUUCAAGGGAAAAGUUCCUCAAUUACAAAGAAACAUAUUCUUCCAUUUCUAAAAAGAAGAACUAUAAAAAGCAACGCAAAAUAAAAGGGAAGUUUAAUAAUGUAAAGGAACAAAUUGCAACAUGGAAAAAAAACAACAAUAGAAAUGACUUGCAAAAGUUAUCGUAUGGAAUUGAAUUUUCAAAAUAUAACAGUAGUCUAUUAUGUGACGAUUUUAACCACGAAUCUAGAACUAAGAGAACAUCAUCAUUUGUUAGUGAUUUAAGAAAAAACAAAUCAAUAGAUUUAUUCUCUGAUAAAGAGAAUUAUAUUAGUAAUACAGUUAAUGCCAAUAUAGGCCAUACUUACACCAUAUUAUCAAAAUGUAGUGUUACUGAAACUCAAAAAGUACUUAUUGAAAAUUGUGAUCUCUCAAACGAUACAUAUAACUGUAACGAUAAAAAAAAUAAAAAUUAUAAAACUGAUUUCAAUAAAUUUUACAAUAACAAGUCAUCAAAUAGUGAUAUUUACAAAACUAAUGUGAUUAUUUCUACCAACAUUGAAUCUAUCACAUCUAUUAAGAAUAUUGAACCUGUCAAUGUUUGCGAAGCAAUUAUAAGUAAUAAUAGUGACGAUGUUGUAGAAAAAGAAUAUGAAUUAAAUUCAGAAUAUAAUAAACUACACAAUACACUUAGUAACGGCCAAUCAAAAAACAAUACUAUAAGUCAUGCACAUGAAAUAAAUGAUCUCAUUGUGGGUGAAAUUUCACACCACUUUCGAUCAUUUCCCGAAAGUGAUUAUAAAGAAACAGAAAAUCAAAUCAGGAUUAAUACUUUAAACGAAGAUCAAUCAAAAUAUGGAUACAUCAAUCAAGAAUUUAAUAAUCUACACCAUAAAAAUAUUGGUGAUGCUUUAGAUAAAGAUGUUAAUAAUUUCAACAUACAAACCAGAUAUAACUUUGUACCUAAAGGAUUAUCACCAAUUUUUCAAAACUGUUACACAAAUAAUGCAUGCAGCUACAAUCUUGAAAAGGAUUAUUUUGAAGAAAAUGUAUACCACAACUUUAUCAAUGACGUGUAUAUCAAUUGUGAAGUAUUCAAACCAAUACUACUGAAUAUCUCUGAUAUAAAUACUGCAGAUAUUGAAAGAGUCAAUACAAAACUUCACAAAGAAAACUCCUCCAUAACUUUUGAUGCAUUAGCAUUAAAAAGUGCUAAGGUUUUGGGUCAAGUAGAUUGUAAAUUUAUUGCAGCUAUUAUGAAAGCAAGUGAUAAAUCAACUGAUUACUUAGUCUUGUUUGACCAACAUGCUGUACAUGAACGGAUUAGAUUGGAGACAAACUUGUCAGAUUAUUUUAAUGGUUUUGAAUGGAAAAGUGUUAAGUUGGAUGAUAUUUUAGUCAAAUUAUCUGAGGAUGAGCUGCUUUAUGUACACAAUUACAAAGAUAAAUUUACUUCUUUUGGAUUGGCUUACACGAUUUUCAACAAAUAUGAAAUCUCUAUAAACGCAAUACCAGAGGCUAUUCUUGGUAAAAAUUCUAGAUCGGUGGAAAAAGUGAUUGCUGCUGUAAAGAAUCUUAUUCUUGAAGAAAUUAAUACGAUAAAAUCACAAAAGGGCUGCAUUUCUAUGUAUCCAAAAUCUAUUAUGGACUUAGUUUUCAGUGAGGCAUGCAGAUACGCAGUAAAAUUUGGUGAUAAACUUUCAAAGGAUGAUUGCUCUUCAUUCUUACAAUCUCUAUCUGAAUGCAAAACACCUUUUCAAUGCGCACAUGGCAGACCAGUUAUGGCGGUACUAACGAAUAUUCAAUAUACUAAAAAUGAUUACAAGACAAAUGUUGCCAAACUUAUAGCAUUUAAGGAUAAUGUUGCGAAUACUUUUAAAUGACUUAGAGUGAUAACAAAAACCAGAUGUAAGAUUAUUAAAAUACAUUAAACUA